GAGUAUGAAUUGGGUUGGAAAUUAAAAAGGAGAAUGAGAAUUUAAAUGAUCAGGGAAAGACUUAGAUUUACUUGUCAGUUCCCAGAUUUCCUUGCCAUUGUGAGUUUGUUACUAAGGCCGCCUCCACUCAGUCCUUUGCUGUUCGCGGCCGGCUUCAUCUUGGCAGUAUGAAAUGGCUAUUGAGUUUCGUCGGGGGCAUGGUCUCCUACAGCUUCCUGAAAAUGCUGGCUGCAUACUCUACAAGGAAGCAAAGGGAGGAGGCGUGGAGGAUGAUGGCAGAGGGUAGACAUGAAGAAGCUAAGGAGAUGCGGCAUAGAAACACAACGAUGAAGAUGAACGACACACCAGACUGGGACACUAUAGAUCGAGACUGGGACGCUAUAGAUCGGGCGGAGGUAGAUGACUCACGAGAUUUGGUGAAGAUUGUCUUGUCGAGGGUCAUAGAGAAACUCUGUGUUGUGUGGAUUCAAGAACCAGCAGUUUUCGUUGGAGUUGAAGAAGAGGUCCAAUGGAUCCAAAGAGAGUUGAUGCACGCUCGGCUAAAAUAUAGUUAUGUCCCAGAGGAAUUAAUGGAUGUUGCCUAUGAUUUUGAAGAUGUGAUUGAUGACCUUAUACUCAGAUCAGUCGCAAAUCAAAAGAGAAUAGGAAACUGGGAGAGGUGGCUUUUGUUAAUAAGAAUUCACAAGAAGCUGGAAUUGAUCAAGUCUAAGAUCCCUGCUCUUCCUCAUCUCCCAUAUUGUAUGGAAGCACAAAGUGCCUGCUCCUUUAACUACAGUAUUGAAGAAAUAGUCUGGUCAGACAUCUUCUUGAUACAUGGUCAGAGUGUGGCAAACACGGUUUUUUCCCCAGUGGAAGAGAAGGUAUCAUCUCUGCUAGCUCAGGAGGCAAUUCAUCCUUAUACCAAGAAGAAGGCCAUGCGGGUACUAGACAAACUCAGGUCUCUGAAUGGUUUUCUCAAAGGCUUAGAAUCAGUAGAAUUAGAUGAUGGUGGAAUGGUUUGGAUGGAGGAGCUGUCCCAUGUUUGCCUGUCUGCUGUGGUAGCCAUUGAGGACUUCAUCAACAGAACACAACAGCUCACGAAAAGAAGUUGGAUGGGACCUUCCAAGGGAUUUCUUUCGGCUUUUGGCAAAUUCAAAUCUCAGGAUAAGCUUGCUGUGGAGAUGGACAAAAUAUAUGCCAAGAUCCAAAACCUCUCUAUCCACCGGCCAACAGCAGUCAACCCACAAGGUCAAAGUAGGAACCUAAAGUAUACCUUGGGUUCCGCCGAGCGAAUCCCACGGCAGCCAACAACGCAAGAACCUGAUCUCGCCAGCUUUGGUGAUGAUGUGCAUGCAAUGAUAGCACGGUUGCUUACAGCUGAUCAGAAUUUAAGAGUGAUUCCAAUUAUAGGUAUGCAAGGCAUUGGAAAGACAACCCUAGCAAAUUUGAUCUUUAACCAUAAAGCUGUUGUGGAUCAUUUCCCCUUUGCUGCUUGGAGGUCAGAUGGCUAUCGAUUUCAGCUACGUAACAAGGGAGAAUUGUUGCAGUCCGGUCGAAGUCAAUGCAGAGUGUGGAGUAAUCAAUACGAGAUGCAACGGUUGAUACCUUUCUUGAUUAAUGACAGGUCUCUGAUAGUUGUCGAUAAUUGGAAUUUCUUGGUCGACGACCUAGAAAUGCUUCCAGAUGCAUUAAAUGGCAGUAGAAUUAUUUUGACCACUUGCGAAACAAAGCUACCUCCAAAUCUCAAAAUGAAGAGUGAUCCUCACCCACUGCGGUUACGGACAAAUGAGGAGAGUUGGGCAUUGUUUACCCAUGCUUUGAAAUUUAGCAUACCCCCAGAAUUGCUAAAGCUGAAAGACGAAAUUGCAAAAAGAUGUGGGGGACUGCCACUGCUGAUUGUAAAAUUGGCGGAAGCACUCUCACAUAAGGAUGCAACCAUUGAGGAGUGGUCCACUGCACUUCAACAAUUUCAUCAUGACCAACAGCAACUUUGGCCCAAUACCCUCUACAAGAUCCAUAAGGAUUUGUCCUUGUACAUGAGGAGAUGUCUAUUUUAUUUCACUCUAUUUCCUCAAGAUUUUGAUAUUCCGGCAAGAAGAUUGAUAACAUUGUGGGUUGCAGAGGAUUUGGUACAGCCAGAGGGCGAGAAUGAAACUCCAGAAGAUGUUGCAGAAAGGUGUUUGAAUUUGUUGAUAGCCCAGGGAAUGGUCCAAGUGACAAAGAAGAAGCUUAAUGGGAAUGUUAAAAUGGUGCAAUUGCCCGAUGCCCUAAGACAAUAUUGGUCAUCCAAAGCUCAACAAGCCACAUUUCUUGGAGUUCAUACCAACACAAGAUCUGAGUUGUCCCUAGGCACCCGCAGGAUCCGUCGUCUUGUUGAUCAUCUUGACAAAGAAGACAUAAGCUUUGAUCAUAUCCAUGGUGAUUACAAUACCACUUCUACUUCUUUGACACCUUACUAUGAAGAUGUUCUUUCUUUUCUGUCCUUUGAUACUCGAAAAGAAAGCAAACCAGGAGAAGAAGUGGGAAACUUUCUUCGUCAAAGCAUAUCCAGCGGUGGCUUCCUAGUACUGCUCUUGCUUGAUCUUGAAAAUGUAUUCAGACCUAAGUUACCUGAGGCAAUUGGAAAACUAACUCGACUAAGGUACCUUGGCUUAAGAUCUACAUUCCUCAAGGUACUUCCAUCAUCUAUAAGCAAGUUGCAGAAUGUUCAAACACUGGACAUGAAGCAUACUAGCAUCAACACUCUGCCUGAUUCAAUCUGGAAGCUACAACAAUUGCAGCACUUAUACUUGAGUGAGAGCUAUCGAAGUAAACUUAUGCUUCGACAUGGUACUAAUUUUCCUACAUUCCUCCAGACAUUAUGUGGGCUAUUUGUAGAUGAGGAGACUCUGGUAAGAGAUGGCCUAGACAGGUUACUCAGUAUUAGGAAAUUGGGAUUAACAAUGUCAUCUAAACAAGAGGCAAUGUCAUUGCAACUGCAGGCAGUAGUUGACUGGGUACUAAAACUGAACCAACUCCGGUCUUUAAGGCUCAAAUCUAUUGAUCAAAACAAUCAGCCAUGGGAUCUAGAAUUGAAGCCUUUAGUAAGCCUUGUGAAUCUUUCUUACAUUUACUUGCUCGGACGGUUAAGGAAUCCAUCUAUUAUGUCCCAAUUCCCAUACAGCCUCAUCGACCUCACCUUAUCAGGGUCAGGACUUGUAGAAGAUCCAAUGCAGUCACUAGAUAAGCUUCCCAACCUUAGAAGUCUUAAAUUGCUUGCCAAAUCGUAUUUAGGAAAGAACAUGCUUUGCUCUUUAGGAGGCUUUCCUCAGCUUCGAGUUCUUAACCUAUGGAAGUUAGAGCAACUGGAGGAAUGGAAUGUAGAGAAAGGAGCACUACAAGCUCUCCGACAUUUGGAGAUUAGGUUCUGCAGAAGUCUGAAAAUUCUUCCUGCAGAAUUGCUACAUAGAACUCUCUUAAAAAUUGAAGUUAUACCUGCCUAGUUGUGAUAAGCUAUGUGAGAAGGUUCUGGUCUACUUCUUCGUGUUGGGCUUUGAUUUCCAUUUCAAUGUUUUUGCUAUUGGAGCAGAUUCAAAUUCUCAUGAGGGCAGUUCUCAGUUGCAACAAUUUAUAGGGCUCAUUUGGAAUUGGGUUUCCAUCCCUUCUGCCCAUUAUUCUGUUCUACCCGUUGAUGCUAAGUUCUUGUCUUGCAAACCUUAAAUGCAUACUGUAGUGUACCUUUCAGUAGAAUCCAGGCAUCAUGAGCACAAUGGUGUUGUGGGUGUGACUGCUCAAGAAUUUUCCUUUGUGAAUUGUAUUUGGAUUGAAUGAAGUACUAUUCUCUUCUUGUCCAGAUGGAUGGAGAGUACACAUA